AUUGUGGAUAUGUGACAGUUGAGGAGAGGUUAGAAAACUGUUUACAUCAGAAAUGAAGCUCCAAAAUUUUGAGUAAAACGAUCUUUUAUCGGUUAAUAUUCCUGAAAAAUUAUGGUAGAAUAUAGAGGAUUAUUUAGGUAAUAAAUAAUGUUAAAGGAUAAAAUAAUGGAGUCCGAAAUAGACGUUAGAAAAAUCCGCAUCGAGGAUCAAAAUCCAAUUAUUCAAGAAUAUGCGGAGAUUGUCGACACUCUGAAAGAGGAAUUAACCAUUUGUAAGACAGAACAAAUUCAAUUGAGACAUGAAAUAGAAACGCUUCGCACUGAAAGUAAAAACGCAGGCGACCUCGCACGAGAUUGUUUCGCCCGGUGUCUUUCUGAAAACUCUGAUGUUAAUUUACCCGACAAGGAAAUGCUCGAGAAUCUCGAAAAACGAGUAGCAAUUCUCCAAAUGGAGAAAGAUUCCAUGUUCCAACUGUGGCAAAUGUCACUGAAAGCAAUCGACGUUUUGGAAGAGGAACUCAAAUCAUUCCAAAAAGACGGGAAAGCUUCCAGAAUUCACGAAGAUCAAGUGAAUCACGUCAAGCAAUCAUACUCAGAUGCUAUUAACGCCCUCGAAGGGAAACUUAUUCAAGCCAAGGAGCAUUUUCUCAAACAUCAAGCGCUUUGGGAAUCGAGCAAAGAAAAACUGGAAGAACUAAAAAAAGAGAAGGAAGAUCUCAAGCAGCAACUUUCUCUCCAUCAAAAAGAAUCUCUCGAAAAAGAUAGAAUUAGUCAAAACACCAUAGAUUCUCUGAAGGAAGAAUUGAGAAAAGCAAAACUUGAUUCUGAAAGAUUGCACCAAAGAAAAUCGGAAUUGGAAGAGAAAUUAAGCGGAGCGCAAAAAUUCGCAGCUGGUCUUCUCGUCAAAGAUACUGAGGCAAAAAGCAAAGUAUCAGAAGCAAUUGAAUUGGUCGAAUCAGCUGUGAGAGAAAAGGAAUUAUCGCUUUUAAGAGAAGCUCAACUUUCCGAAGAGAUGAAAAAAUUAGAGGCCCGUUUGUCCAGCAUAUCAGACGAAUACACUGCUUGUCUCGACAAGGAAGUUGCCAAAAUAAAAGAAGGUUUCGAGCGCAACAUCAAGAGAUAUUCUCUGGAGUUGAAGGAACUGAAACUCGAACUGAGGCAGAAGGAAACGCUCCUGGAUCGAGCACAGAGAGAAUGCAGGCUCGUGGAAGAGGAAUUGAACCGCGUUCGUCACAGUUCCGACGAUUAUUUGCAUCAAGCUAAUUCAAAAAUUGUGGACUUGGAGCAGAAGCUCAAGGAUUCAGAGUACAAGUUCCAAAAUUGUGAGGAAAUUUGUCAGAAGAAGUAUCAUGAGAAAAAUAGAACCCUGGAGCACCGGAUUUUUGAACUCGAGCAGAGUUUGUCUAUUUCAAAUGACAGGUUCCAGCGACUGCAAUUGAAUAGUUCGAGGGAUGUUGAGGAUCGAGUGAAGGAGUCAGAUGAGCGAACGAAAGAAGCUCUGAGUAGAUAUUCGAAUUUGGAAAGAAAAUUAGCGAGAGUUCUUGAUGAGAAAGAAAAUUUAUCAUUGGAAUUGCGUUCCUUGCAAUCUACUUUUGAUCGAGAAUUGCAAAAGAGGGAACAAGAGAGGAAAGUCGUGGAGAGUAAAGUUAGGGAUUUGCAAGAGGAUUUACGAAAGGCUGUCAAUUUAAAAACUGGGAUUGGUGUUAGGAAUUUGGAGAGUCUUGAUAAAGGGAUUAAUCCUGAUUUGCAUCUGAGAGUUCUGCAAGAAAGAUUUGAUGAGAAAACGAAAGAAUUGACUCAUCUGGUAGAAAUUCAUCAAAAAUUAAGUACAAAGUGGAAAGAGGAAGCAAAAUUGCUCACGACAAAAUUUCAGACUCGUUCCAAAGAAUUACGUAGUAAAAUUAACGCCUUAAAAAAAGAAAAUGACGAAUUAAACCGAGAAUUACUGUCUUGUCGUCAACAAUUGGCGAGAUGUAGAGUCCAAGCUAUCCACAGGCUCGAUCAAGGUGAUGGAAGCAGGUGACGAUAUAAAAAAGCAGCCAAAGUACUUCCGUCCGUAAAAGAAUAUCAAACUGUAUAUAUUUCAUAUUUAUUAAUAAGAUUAUUUUAUUGUGAAAAUACAUUUUGGUACAGUUUAAAGC